AGACAAUUGUAAAAUGGGAAGUUUCGGAGGUCACGCUCUCCCGGGAUCUUUUUUCUUUGCCCUUGGUCUGUGGCAGACUGUACAAUCUUUUCGUAGAUAUCACCGAUGUCGAAACAGCAAGGGAAGGUUUAAAAGUUCGACCUGGUAUCCUGCUGGGUCCUGUUGUAAGCAAUUAAAAGACUUUCCUGUGGAACCCUGCGUAAAAGUUUUAAUGUGUUUAGUCGGCUUUAUCGGAACAAUAAUGCACGCAAAGAAUUUCAACGAAAUUUUACACGAUCCUAUGAACGAACAACAUAUGACGAUGUACUUAUUUUUUGGAUUAAAUGGCGUUUUAGAGAUUUUGACUCAUUUCAAUCUGACCUUCUCUGUGUAUAUCAACCAUAUAAGUUUGGCAUCGGCCUAUUUCGUGGAAUUUAUUUUAUUUAAAUUUCAUCUACACGGUCGAACUGGUGUGGACAAUUUGCUACAUAUAUUAUUGCUGUAUGUGAUCUGUGCUUCCAUUUGA